AUGACAAACACGAAACCCACCAGCACACACACCCGCCCCCGCCCCCUUUCCUUUCCGCCCGCGGACUUCAGCAGCAGCAGCAGUGCUUGGGACAUCCAGUUCGACCCCACUCCGGAGCAGCGGCGGCAGCUCCCCCUCCUCACAUCCCUCCUCCGGCGGCCCGGGGACCAGGCCCAGCGCCUAGGCGCACUCACCGCCCUCUCCGCGUCCUUCCGGGACUUAGCCGUCGCGACCACCGCCUUACAGAUGCGGCAACACGACCUGGAACCACGGGCGGACAACCACACAGACCUAGCCCACCAGCUCAAGCUUCAAGAAACCACCGCAACCAGGGACAACGAGCCCGCCGCCGCCGCCACCGCCGCCGCAGACGUGACGAUGCUGCCGGAGGACGUGGCGGUCGACGGCCGGUCAGAGGCGCCGGCGGCGCCGCGGUACGACGUGUCGUACAUGGACAAGAUUAGUUGCUGGGCCGCUAUGCAGCCGAGUCAUAUUGAGGUCAGUCAACCGUUGAUGACAGGUAUCCAGUUGUUCCCCCCCCUGGAGGCGGCCUAUCCCACCUACGUGGACUUUGAUGCAGCCACGCGGCUGCUGUCGCACCGCACCAGCCGCAAGCGGCUGCGGUUGCAGCGGCGGCUGCUCCGUAAGCAGGACAAGUACCAGAUCAAGACGUGGGACCACUACGCGGGGUCCGCGUAG